CAACCCUAGGAGACCGCAAAGCCCGAGAGAGGAGGUGGCUCUGCGGGGAACAGGGAGGGACCUCCUGGGAAACGAAACUGAAACUUUGCAGCCCGGGUCUUUGGGGGCAGGACACGCCUUUGCUCUGUCCUAGCUGUGCAGCGUCCGGGAGCCCUUAGCGAGCCAGAGAGCCAGACGCCGGCAGCCAUGGCCACCAGUCCCUGCCCGCCAUCCCCGCUACUCGUGCGACUACAGGAGUCCUUCCCUCGUGCGCAUAUGAAGCUACAGAUAUACUUCCAGAGCCGGGCCUCGGAUGGUGGGGAGUGCUCUGUCCAGCCGGUGGGCCCCAGAGCGCCGGACAGCUUCGAGGUGAACUUCCUAGAACGGGCAGCUAAGGAGAGAGUGUUGAAAAAGAAAGAACACAAGAUGAAGAUUGAUGACAAGUCUGUGACCAUUUUCCUGGAAACCAUGAAAAAGCCAGGAGAGGACCUGAGGCCCUCCAGACCUUCGUCUUUGACACAGCCGGCUGAGACACCAAACUCCAGCCCUUCAUCCUUGACGGAGUCUCUGAAUGAAGCCUUUUGUGAUGAGACACACCCCAGUGAUGGGCCUGUUUUUAACUCUGUUGACUCUAUUGCCCAAAAGGUCUUUCUUGCUGUGACCGCCGAGCUGAACUGUGAACUGCUCUCCAAAGAGCAGAGGGCGUGUAUAACCACUGUCUGCCCUCGUGUCAGAGGCGUGGAGGGUAGUGACGGGAUCGAGAAGGUGUGUGGCAACUUGGAAGAUAUUGAGAAGAUACAUGAGUUCUUGAGUGGGCAGCUUUUGGACCGUGAGCAGGUGCCGAAGUACCCCCCACAGGACUCCCCGCCUUUCAUUGUGGAGAGGGAGGCCCCCGGUCAGAGCUGCUAUGAAGUUCCUGUGCUUUUCCUUGAAUAUUUCAGACACGUCAAUCCCAGUAAAAUAGAGUCCAUCGAGAAAGAACUGGGCGUGAGCAUUGAAAUCCGAGAUAGUUCUCCCAACACGGCCUCCGUGGGCUUCACCUCCAGCCAAUCGGGCAACUUAGAAAAAGCCUGUCAUUCCUUUGUCGCAGAGUUUCAGAAAUGCACACAAUCUCUGAAGCAAGAUAGUGUCUCGUUAGAGGAUCGGCAGAGAGCCCAGGAAGUCAGGCAGGAGCUGAACCGCUGCUUCCCAAAGCUCCUGAUAAAGGGCUCAGGAAGAAAGCUAACUCUCCUUGGGUCUCAGGCUGACAUUUCAGCUGCCAGGGAAAAAGUCUCUCAAACUUCUGUCAAGGCACCAGUGAAAAUAAUGGCGUCUGGUUACGCGACGGGGAUUGAGGUCGAUUCCACUCGCUUUAAGCUUCUAGAACCUGAACUGCUCCAGGAAAUCUCAGAGAUAGAGAAGAAAUAUAACACUUGUGGGAAGGUCCAGGAAAAAGGUCAGAAAACCUGCAUUCUCUUUGCCCCCAAGGAUAAAGAGGUAAACCUGACGGUGCACUCUUACACAGGCUUCGUUGACGCCUUCCAACAUGCCAUGUGCCAGCUGAGGACAGAAGUCCUGUCGCUGAAACAGUUUGGCAAGGAGAGAGCUCGCUUACAGAAGACCAAGUAUGUCGAUGACUUAAAGAAAAAGCACCCAAAUGUACACUUUGGGGUGUCUCAAGAGUCAGUGACUCUGACUGGUCUGCCGAGUCACCUUGAAGAAGCAAGGCAGCAUAUCUUCAAAAGAAUGGGGCUGUCCCCACCGUCUGGGGAGAAACUCAGUGUGGACCAUGAGACACCCAUGGAGAUUGACAAGAAUGACUCGGCUCUGCCUCCUCUCGGAGGCUCUGCUGGUAGCUCCGUGACCUCGAAGGCGGAUGAGAACGAAAACUUCUGUGUGAUCUGCAGGGAUACCAUUAGCGACAAGCAUGUGCUCCCUAAGUGCAAGCAUGAAUUCUGCACCUCUUGUAUCAAUCAAGCCAUGUUAGUCAAGCCUGUCUGUCCUGUGUGUCAGACUUCCUACGGUGUCCAGAAAGGGAACCAGCCGCCUGGAAACAUGGUUACCACCUUUCUAAGAGGGUCACUUCCUGGUUACGAAGACUGUGGGACAAUUGUGAUUCAUUAUUAUAUAAAAGAUGGCAUCCAAACAAGUGAGCACCCAAACCCAGGAAAGCCUUAUAGUGGAACACAGCGCAAAGCAUACUUGCCUAAUAAUAAAGAGGGAAGGAAGGUUUUGGAUCUGCUUACGAAAGCGUUUCACCACAAGCUGAUUUUCACAGUAGGGUACUCUCGAGUCUUAGGAAUCUCGGAUGUCGUCACAUGGAAUGAUAUUCAUCACAAAACAUCGCAGUCUGGAGGACCAGAAAACUAUGGGUAUCCUGAUCCUGAUUACCUGAAACGCGUCAAGGAGGAGCUGAAAGCGAAAGGGAUUGAGUAAAGCAACUGCGGGGAAGGUGGCUAUCCACUUUCAAAAGAAGUUUG